AUCUCAUUAAAAAAUUGAAUAUCUCCACGAUGAAACAAUUAUUCAUUUCCCCCUAAUUAUAUGACUUACUAGUGUUGUGAUAAGAUAUUAAGGAAAUACUUUCGUUCAAUAAAUCUAGUUUUGUUGGUAAUUCGAGAAAGAAAAUAAGACAUAUGUAUAUGACAUGCAAUAUCGUUUCAGCUUUUGAUAAACGACCUAGAUGCUGAAAAUCAAUUAUAAUCAUUUAUUGGCCAAUUCUGAUAUUCUAACCUAAAUCGAGACAUAAUUUAACCAGUUGAUUCUUUUCAUGCCAAAAAUAGCUGAUAAGGUGUACUUGUGUAUCGCAAAUAUACUUUCAAAACUUCUUCCGGUCUGCUCUUAUUCCUGGUCUCAUGAUGACCUCAUUAUUUUGGUCUGUUGCUCCUGAUGAGGUUGAAUAUAAGAAUCGCAGCAAAAUAUCAGUUGUUGGUUGUGGAGCAGUUGGAACAUCGAUUGCAUUUUCGCUGCUCGAUAUGACUGGUGCAAUUGCCCUAAUUGAUGUCAAUGAAUUUAAGGUAAAGGGUGAAGUCAUGGAUAUGAUGCAAGGUCAGCUGUUCUCCGGAUAUUGUAAAAUUACUGGUGGUUCCGACUUUAAAUUGACGACAAAUUCAGAUAUCAUCGUAGUUACAGCAUGUGUGACUGAUAAAAACGAAGAUCCUGAACAACAAUUAGUAAAAAAUGUUAAACUUUAUCAGGAAAUAAUCCCUAAGAUUACUUAUCAUAGCCCUCAAUGUGUUUUGUUGAUUGUCACAAAUCCAGUUGAUAUAAUGACACAUGUAGCCGCCAAACUCAGUGGUUUCCCGAAACAUCGAGUUUUUGGUACUGGGACAAUUUUGGACUCAGCAAGAUUCCGUUAUCUUCUUGGUCAGAAAUUUAGUGUGGAUGCCUCAUCAGUUAAUGGUUAUAUAAUUGGAGAACUUGGUGAAAAUAGUGUACCUUUAUGGAGUACCGUGAAUAUUGCUGGUGAACGUUUAGUCACAAAAAAUGUACAUAUUGGAUGUUCAAGUGAUCCUGAAAAUUUCAAAUCGGUUUAUGAAUCGACAAUCAAAAGUACAGAAGAACUUAUUCGAUUAAAAGGCUGUAAUUCAUGGUCUAUUGGACUUGCUUGUCGUGCCAUAUGUGAUGCUAUAAUACACAAUCUUCAUACCAUUUAUCCCGUCUCAGUGUAUGUUAAAGAUGUGAAUGGGAUUCAAGAAGACGCUUUUCUGAGUUUUCCUUCUUUGAUCAACUCUAAAGGAAUAAGUCAUAUAAUACCACAGCAGUUAAAUCCUGAUGAAGAAAGGAAAAUAAAACAAAGUGUUCAGAAGCAAAUAAAUAUGGUGAUACAUCUAGGCAUAUGAAGCUUCACUGUAAUGGAUAUUUUCAGUUUGUUCAGAAUGACUUUUAUUAUUUAUCCUUAACCACUAGUAGAGAAUUCCCAAGCCACAAUCAAAUCGACUGGUGCUUUUCACCUUGUGAAUUCAUAAAUGAUUGAUGGCAUGCUGACAUACCAUUACAGGACAGCAGUACAUCUAUAAAAUUCUGGUUUGUUAAUAAACAAAGAAGUAGCUUUCAGUAGUACGAGACCGACAUAAGAUUCCGGGCUAGAAGCAGAUAACUCAGGUAUCAUACAUUGAUUACAUUCAUUGGGUAUGUUACAAAUGAGAUAUUUAUCCAUGUACUGGUAUGCAAGUCAUAUCGACUAGACGAAAAUGGUCUUAGUUUUUAUUCCUGGUUUUAAUUGUUCUGAUUAACCUGAUGUCUUAUAACUACUUCGUUGAUACAUCAUAGUAUAUUUGAUAGUAGAGUUCGUUAGUAUACACAGUAUUCAUGGUCAUGAAUAUCAACAGAUCUCUUCAGUUUGAUAUGGAGUAAUAAAAUAAACAUAGAAAGGAGAUUAUAUCCUAUUAGAAAUUUAGCAGUUUGUUUAUUUGUGAAACAUUUCCG